AUGUCACUUCAAGAUAUCCUCGAGCCGAAUUUGCAACGUUAUACAGCCCAGCUGAAUGGUCGCUACGUCUGCACUCGACUCGUCACCCACAACGGCGUUACCAUAGCCAUAGCCUUAGGCAAGACACAGAGCAAUUCAUUCUUCUUCGACUACUCAAUUCUUGAUCUCCAGGACGGGGCCACGACCAGCAAGGGCCAGUCUACGACGGCAGCCGCCGAUACUGAUAAGCUCGACUCGCAGUGUUGGUCUAGCAGUGCGAAGAGGCUGCAGUUUCCGUCUGAGGUCAGGGUCGUUGGCGAAGAAGCAAUUCCCGUCUAUCAGAUCCCAGCUGUCGAUCGAAGCUACCGAAAGGUCAUUCGCUCGCAAAGCCAAAAGCAGAAGCUGGACCAAUGGCUCUCAUCUUCCCUAUGUCUGAUGAACCAGAAGGUCUUUGACUUCCAAGUCCUGUCCGAUGGCCGAUAUGUAUAUGUCUUCCGCCAGAGCGCAUUGGCGGAGGGCGAGUGGCCAAAUCAAUUCAUGUCAGAGAGCCAUGACGGAAAGCCACCGGUUAACAACAACCUCCUUUGCGAUCGAUUUGCGCUCGUCGGCUCCACUCUCAGUCAGCCCUUGGAGACACGGUACCAGCGAAGCCGUCAGAAACAGAUCCCGCUAAAUGAGCAGGAUACACUUCGUGUCAAAGACAUCAAUGAUGAGCCGUUCUACGAACCUACGCAUUCACUUCGGUUCGUUCAAGACCUUGUCGACGGUCGCUUUUGCGUUCUUCGAGCACCCACUGUGACCAAUAAUGUCACUAAGUGGAUGAUCUUCGCUUAUUCUUGCAAAAUGGAACAGAUCGAGUGUUUAAGCACCGAUGUAGCUUCCAACGGGUUGUUCGACCUCCACGGACAUGUUUACUACACGUGCGACUCGCAUACACAUCCAACCAUCAAGGUGUUCGCCAAUGGCCCAGGCCCCUGCACAGCCGCAAAAGACGACGGUAGCGGAACUUGUUCGAAAGCGAGAGUUCCCAUCAUGCCCAAGACACCGGCGUCGAAGCGUGCCGUUGAGUUGAGCCGAGAUGCAGGGCUUCGGCUGAGAGAGCCUGUCGACCUCUCGAGCCUGCUUGAUGGCUUCACCUUGGAGGCUUGGGUGAAACCCGAAUCCGCCGACAACGAAACGGAGGAAACGACAAAGGACUCUAGCUUCCCAGUGUUUCGUGUUUCAGACAAUAGUCCGGGGACUUUCAUCAAUGAAGAACUUCGACUGACCAUUCAGUUGGUUUGUGAGAAGAAGGCAAUCGUUACAUCAAAAAUAGCUCUGAAGGCAGAUGAAUGGAACCACAUUGCUGUCACCUACAACCCGACAACGUCAACCUAUGGACUGGCAAUCAACGGAGCGGCAGCAGGCUCCGCCAUCAGCAGUAUCCAUCCUGGCUCGUUCUCAGGGAUCGGAUUGCAACCAAAGGGGCCAACAAGCUACUUCACAGCGCUCUUCGACGAAGUACGUGUUUGGAGCCGUCCGCUUCAUCCAUCUGCUAUCAAAGAUAGGAUGUAUAAGCGCGCCACGGGUCUAGAGCCUGAUCUGGAAUCGUGUUGGCACUUCGACGAAGACUCCGGCACGACCGCCUUCGACGCGACAGCCAAUCGUCGUGAACUGAUUGUCGUCUCUCCUGAAUAUAGUACACCGUCUUCCGACAGCUGGGUUCGAUCAGCUGCGCCUAUGGUGUCAAGCUAUGGACUCUCGCGACGGAUACUGCGUGUAUCUGCUCCCCUGCAGAUUAAAGGCGGUCUUUGCGCCACAGUCUAUAACGAGCAAGUCGCCGUCUCCGAGAAGAAGACGACCGACUCGAAAGGGGGAUCGAGUUCGAAGCAAAAGUCAGGCGAUGGUGCGCAGCCCAAGCAUAUGAAGCGUGGCGCCAGAGUGCUCCUUUGCUUCAUUUCUGGUACUGACGUCUCACCGCUGCGUUUGGCGGCCCUCGACUUCGGCUUGCUAUCUGACGGCACUCUUGCCGACACGCCAGCUUUGAUGAACCCCCCAGCGCUAACGGCCGCUUCCUCGAAUUCUGCCAGCGCAAAGGUCGGCAUAGUGGGAUUGAAUGUGCCAACAGCUCUCUUGUAUGUCGGAAGCGAAGGCAUGGAGAUCUUUGGGGGAGUUGUUGCCCUUGAUGCGGUUGGGUGUGAGCCCUCGGCGCCCUAUGCUUUUGAAUCUGCCACAGGAACCGUGACAGUCUAUUUCAAGUCACGAGGAGCUUCCGGGGAGGGGCACUUCUCAGCCUUGAAUUACAACAUAGCUCGCAAGGCUGUGGCCACGGAGCUUUGUGCAUCGACUCUCGGUGAAAACGAGGGCCUGCUGGCAACGAGCAAGUUUCAACACGCGAAGAACGUAGUCGUUCAGACGGAUCUGUGCCCCUGGGCGCCUGAGAACUUGGCUUUCAACUUAACGCUGACGGCCAACAUGGUCGAUGGACAGAAGAUAGUCGAGACGUGGGCAGGCGUUCCUUCAAAGUUGGAAGAGCUGUGCAGCCUGAUUAACGGCACCAAACUGGCGACAACACGUACUAUCGGCCAUGUGGCUCAGCUGGUAGAAAUUACCACAAACGGCUCCGCAGACAUGGAGACAGCGCCAACUGAAAUUGCUCUCUUGGAUGUUCUCACGAACUCCGUUACCGCAGGAACAUUUUUGAGUAUCGGUAUGCGAAGCUACUUUGUUCUCAAAGACGCACAAUCUGGAGACAAGAAUCUCGUGGCCGUUUUAUAUAACGAUCAGAGACCGAGAGGGAGCCCACCUGGUAAAAGUGCAGAGGUGACGGCCAAGGGCUAUCAGCAUGAACUCCUGGUCACCUGCGAAGGCAAAUCUGCUGGCAAUUUCUCACUUGGAUCCGGAAUCGUGAGCAUGGCCUGGUCCCCAUCGGCCGUGAUCAGCGGUGCGGUCGCCAAAGCAUCGGAAGCAAACAUCCAAGUCCCUGGAACUAGCUUCAUCAGCGGUAGCAGCCAGAGCCCAUAUUUCGGUUCCCCACCUCGCUCGACUGCUCUCCGACUUGAUGGUCGCACCAAAUGCUACUCCAUGCUGGAGGAUACAGUGGCGACGGCUGCCUGCGCUGGCAUAUGUUUCGAAACUUGGAUUAAGGUUGAACCGGAAUCGAUCAAUACUAUCGCAGUCGCUUACACGUCAGAGCGGUUGCCACGCGCUGAGGGGUUGGCCAAGGAACAACAGACCUUCGUGCUUGGUAUCACUCAGCCGUCAGGGAGAGGUGCUGCGUUCGACGUGAUUGGCAACGUCAACGGGGCGCGAUUUGCAGUCAGCCGGCCCUCUGCCCUGAGGUUCGGCGAGUGGACACACUUUGCUUGCUCAAGCCAAAGUGUGUUCGCCCUCAUGAGUUCGGGCAAGGGUUACGUUGACCUUGGCAAAUCGGAAGAGUGGAAUGUCUCCGACUUCUCGCUGGCAUUCACACUUAAACUCAACAAGAAGUCUGAAGGCGAUAACAGGGAGCAUUGCAUACUUGUGAAAGGUGACAGCAAUGCAAAUUCAACACCCUUGAAUGUCAAGGUCUCUUCAAGCAACCGACUUCAACUCUCCUAUUGGGCUAUGGAUGAGGAUGGCUCCAAUCCACAACGGUGUGUGUUCAAAUCACCAAAAGCCUUCGAUGCUGGCAAGGCAUACAAGGUCUUUCUGUCUCGCAAGCUCGUACAAGUGUCUCAGAAAGAACCUUCGGAGCCCGGCCAACCACCGAGAAGCAAGCCCCCAAGGCCGUGUCAGCAGGUCACUAUGCGUGCGUGGAAUUCGAAGGGAGGGGUGGAGUUUGAGAUGAUUCCGAGGAGCGUACAGGCUCUUGAAAGCGAUGAAGUUGCCUUCAAGCGCCAAGAUGGAGGUCAUCAGAUUCACGGCUCUGUGCAAAUGAAUCAGGCACCUCUCUCUCUCGGUGGAGCGUCGUGGGCCAAAGAAAGCGGGUUACGAGGCGCAAUUGGAUCCAUCCGACUGUACUCCUUGGCCAUUAAACUUCCUGAAUCGGCGUUCGAGCUGUGCGCUGCCUCUGAAAGUACGAACGGCAUGAUCGGCUCUUGGUCUUGCCGCGAAGGAGGAGGCGUCAGUCUUGUGGAUGAUCUGAAUCGCAACCAUGGCAAGUUCCAGGGUGAGCUGAGCUGGGUUCGCAGUCCGUAUGACCCAGACUCCCAGCUCUCGUUUCACAUCAAUGCUUCGGAAGUCAAGCAUAAGCAGCCAGAGGCGAAGGAGAUGAGGUUCCUUGAGCAGGCUUCUCCCACAGGACCGCAUCAAUUGUCAAUCGGAAACGUUUUGAUGGAUUACGGGAACGAGGAGUGUCGAUUUCUUCGCCCCGGGCCGGGAUUCUGUGGCGAAUUUGACGAGCUGCGCAUUUGGAAUACGCCGCGAACCCGAGAGAACAUCUGCGAUUCAAUGAACACUUCAUUGACCGAGACCACAGCGGAUCUUGCUGUCUAUCUUCCAUUCCAUGAUGAGAGGGCGGUUAACUCACCCGGGAAUUCGCCUCAGGGGUCGCAUGCUGUGCUCACAGACACUUCAGCCAACUGCUGGCAUCUUACGCCGCUCUUGGGAUCUGAAGCGAACGCAGUAUCAUCCCAAGCACCUGUUGGGCAGGAUUCCCCCUGCGUAGACCACACACUGAGACCCGAUAUCCACCCACCUCAAGGGGCCACCAUUGUUGCUGGACCUUCUGUGGCCGAGUAUGGUGACAUGGAGAUCAGUGCGAGCGGCACAAUGGAAGGCAGUUAUAAACGAGCUUACGCCUACAUUGACAAGCACGGCGAAUGGUGUCUAGUGACAGGCUUUCGUAUCGGCGCGCUGAAGACUGAAUGGGUCAGUCAGGUUCAAACCUCGCCAACCCUCGUUGGCUUCAUUGAAGGCGCCCCACCUGUCCCUGUUGAUUCCUUCAUCAGCAAAGACAAAACACCCACGUCAUCUGUGAAAUUUAAACAGACCACAAAAUGCACCUACACAUACAGCGCGAGAGCGGAAGUAAGCACUGGUGAAGAAGUGUCUUCCAAAGUGGGUGCUGGAAUCGAUUGGGAGGUUGAGGCAGGCAUGGGCGUCGAGACAAAGAUAGCCGAGGGCAGUAUUGGGGUAUCUAGGACGCGCGCCGUCGAUGUCUCGGCCGGCAUGGUCAACAACGAAGUCCACGCAUCGUCGACGAACAUCAACAUGGAGAUGGGCGUCCAGUUGACUAGUGUCUGGAAGGACGGCGACGAUACCAAAAAGCAGGCAGGAUUUGAGCCGUCCAACACUGGUCUUGCUCUCAUUGAGAGUGAGGUCGCGGAUGUUUUCGCGCUUCGUCUCCAGAUGCGUGGGUCGAUUGCGCCUGUCGUCGCCUACCAGAUGCGACCCAAUCCAGACAUUCCCAAAGAUCGCAACCUUGUCUCCUUUGAGAUCAAUCCUACCUACACCAAACAGGGUUGCCUUGACGGCCGUCGUGGUGCGACCAACGACCUGGACUACCCUGCGCUGUCCUCGGCCCCAAAGGAUGCGUCAUACUUCAAGCCGACGGAAGCUUACGCACUCCGGGAGCGUAUUCGUCGGGCUGAGGAACAACUCCAAGGCGAAUAUGACCGCCAGUCGCUGCUCUAUACCGAUGAACUCCCUCAACGUACGCAUCGAAAUAUUUGCAAUGCAUACGUGUGGACCGCAGACGGAGGAACGUUUCAAGAGACAAACUCAACCCUGGACAUGGUCAAGUCCGAGGUUGGGGGGAACUUGGACACCAAAACCAGCCUAGUUGACUCGAGCGAGGAGGAGGUUUCGGUUAUGAAUAUCAACGCAAACCGUUCCGUUGAUGCUAUGUUCAGCGCCCACUUCAAUUUUGUGACGACGAAGGACAAGUCAUCAGAGGAAGGCUUUGAGCUAGCCACAGAGCUGCCUCCAUCCGUCGACAUCAGGUACCAGGACAAGGGCACCGGCAAAUAUUUCAAGACACCUGGUGCCGUUGAUGCGUAUAGGUGGAUGAGCUUUUGGCUUGAGCCAAGCGUGGAGGCAACGGACACUUUCUUCGAGCACGUACUGAACCAUGUCUGGCUUGAGGAGUCACCGGAGCCCAAUGCUCAACUGCUGCGGACUCUGCGCGAAGGACUGAAGAACGAAACCGGCAAUGCACGCACGAAGGCCUGGCGCAUCCUGCAUCGCUGCACAUAUGUUAGUCGCAUACCCGAGAAGAUUGAAUCCCGCACAAGGGACGCGAUGUAUACCAAGGAACAAAAGCCAUCGACCCUGCUGGCCGACAUUGGCAGCAAUUGGCUGUUGAUCCAGAAGCUGGAGCCAUUUGCACGCGAUGCUAAUUCGCGGGGAAAUCUCGCGACCACUUUGAAGCCUCACGUUCUGAGGUUCUUCCCGACCCUGAUCGCCCAGAGUCGUUUGUACAAUCAGGUGCUGGAUAUGUUGGCAGAUUAUGUUGGACUGUCCUGA